UGCAACGGAUGGACGCGAACAGCGGGGAGAGACAUCAACGGGGGACCGUUUCACCGAGCAGUUAGCCGUCUGUUGGAUGUAUCGACAUUUUUCAACCUGAAGACGUUUCAUCUGAGUGGCGGGAAAAGAAAAAUCCCUUCUUUUUUUUCUUUUUAAAUCGCUUCCAUUUUCUUCCCCCCCAAAAAACACACUCAGAUCGAUCGCCCGUCGUUUGAAAAAGGGCGUGUGUUCGGGGUGAGGGGUAGUUUGUUGAAGAUUUCAUGUGGCUAUAUCUGGUGUGUUAGAGAUUUUUUUUUUUAUUUUUUUUUUAUAUAAAUUGAAACCAUUUGGUCUGAAGGACGUGGUAGAGGAUGGGGUGCACGUUGAGUACCGAAGACAAGGCGGCGGUGGAGCGCAGUAAAAUGAUCGACAGGAAUCUGCGGGACGACGGCGAGAAGGCGGCGAGGGAGGUCAAGCUGCUGCUGCUGGGUGCCGGGGAAUCGGGGAAAAGCACAAUCGUCAAGCAGAUGAAAAUUAUCCAUGAGGCGGGCUACUCAGAAGAGGAGUGUAAGCAGUACAAGGCUGUGGUCUACAGCAACACGAUCCAGUCCAUCAUCGCCAUCAUCAGAGCUAUGGGACGCCUGAAGAUCGACUUUGGAGAAGCAGCAAGAGCCGACGACGCGCGGCAGCUGUUUGUUCUUGCCGGCUCGGCAGAAGAAGGCUUCAUGACGGCGGAGCUGGCCGGGGUCAUCAAGCGGCUCUGGGUGGAUCGAGGGGUUCAGGCGUGCUUCAGCCGCUCGCGCGAGUAUCAGCUCAACGACUCGGCGGCAUACUACUUGAACGAUUUGGACAGGAUAUCCCAGUCCACUUACAUCCCGACCCAGCAGGAUGUGCUGAGGACCCGAGUCAAAACCACGGGCAUCGUAGAGACGCACUUCACCUUUAAAGAUCUCCACUUCAAAAUGUUCGACGUUGGCGGUCAGCGAUCCGAGAGGAAGAAGUGGAUCCACUGCUUUGAGGGCGUGACGGCCAUAAUCUUCUGCGUGGCGCUGAGCGAUUACGACCUGGUGCUGGCCGAGGAUGAGGAGAUGAACCGAAUGCAUGAGAGCAUGAAGCUGUUUGACAGCAUCUGCAACAACAAGUGGUUCACAGACACGUCCAUCAUCCUGUUCCUCAACAAAAAGGACCUGUUUGAGGAGAAGAUCAAGAAGAGCCCUCUUACCAUCUGCUACCCUGAAUACGCAGGCUCCAACACGUACGAGGAAGCCGCUGCCUACAUCCAGUGUCAGUUCGAGGACCUGAACAAGAGGAAGGACACCAAGGAGAUUUACACCCACUUCACCUGCGCCACAGACACCAAGAACGUGCAGUUCGUCUUCGACGCCGUCACCGACGUCAUCAUAAAGAACAACCUGAAAGACUGCGGUCUUUUCUGAGCACCACGCCGGCGAAGAUAACCUGCUUUUGAGAGGAGUGGCGGUCUGCGUCUCCAUCCAUCAUUCUUUCAUGUCUGCUCUCUCCUCAGGCGGCGGAGCCAGCUCAUUGUGCAUCUUUUGUAGAGAGGAUGAGAAGAGGAUCAGUGAUGGACCAGUGCUGUACUAUACGCCACUUUUAACAGCUUUAUUUAUGUUUCCGUCUGCAAACAUUCUGAAUUAGCGUUAUUCCAUUUGUGUAGGCUGUUUGUAUCAAUGUUAAAGCAUCACCGUACUUUUUCUUUUCUUUUUUUUUUUUAUCUGUUUUUAAUUUUUGAGGUCUAGGAGGUUAAGAUUUUUUUGUUUAUCACCUUUUUUUUUUUUCUUGCCGCCAUAUCUGGAAACGGAAGCCUUGCUGUUGGUUGGAAAUGCUCAUUUUUCCUUCUUUUCCUAAAACACAAAAAGAAAAAAAACAGGAUGGAGAGAAGGGGAACAGUUCCGAGUCCAGUCUGUUGGUACCUGUGCCUUCGCAUGCCUUUUACUGCAGCCGUAGUCUCGACGCUUGUUCUGUUGCCUGCUGAAGUCGUUCUAUACACACAGACGUAAACUGUUUUCAUACAUUAGUGUCUACGCUAUCUCCUUUGUGCGCAACACUGAGCUGUCAGGUGGAAAUCUCUCUAUAGGUCCAUGGCGGUCAACAUGUAGCCUCCACAAUCCCCCGCCCCGCCCCCAUGCAUUCCACCUGCCAUGACUUCAAAGGCCCGUCGGCCAAUCAGAGUUCAACCCUGAUAUGUAUAUUGUUACAUUUAGCCCACGAAUCUGGGGGCUCUGGUUUUUAAACUGUACAAAAAAAACAUCCAAUUUUUCCAGUCAUUCAGAAAGCGGUUAGUCGAAGCACUGAGCGUCUAAUAUACUCAAGUAUUUUACGUACAGAGACCAGAUUUGUCACAUUUUAUUGUAUAUUUUAACAUAUUUGGAAGAGAUGUAAGAUUUUUUUGUGUUGGAUAUGAAAGCAGGACGGAUCGCUGUAAAGUUGAGGGUAAAAAAACGACGUAAGCUGUCUCGGUUCGUGGUGCCGCGACGAGAAGCGCGGCGGUCGACACGUUUCUGGUCGGCACGCGAAUCCAGAGGAGCGACGACGCACACGCGAACAGGCCUGGAUGUUUUCCUGGAAAGAAACUGCCACAACUGUCGGUGUAUGUGUUUGUUCUCCAUGUAAAGAGAAUCUUUGUAGACUCAUCUCCCUUAUUUUGCUAAUAAAAACCAUUUACAAACCA